CUUCUUCCUUACACCCUGCUACAACCGAAACCGCUACUAAUCCAUGCCUACUACCGGCCGCUUCACGGCCCUUUUCACAUUUCUAGGAUCAAUCAGGCUCUAGGAUCGUGCAGUUUUUAGAAUUUUUACAAACGGAACCGAUGAGUGGCACCAUCGGGGGCACCAAGUCGCCCGAGCCAAUAGGGCACGCUAUACACACGCAUCCCCCGUAUCGUUCCCUGUUCCCUCAGUGGUCUCAAGGCUUUCUUUACCGCCAUCCGUGUUUUUUGCGCGCACAACUCAUGCCACAUUCCCAUGCCCACGAGCACACCAUACGCAGAUGGCUUGUUUGUUGUUGUUUUCGUGUAAUGGCCACCAUUGCACUAGCACGGCACGCCUUCCACACUCCAUUCGCUUCGAGUCAGCUUCUACCAAUUGCCAUCGGAGAGUGGAUUUCAUUUUGGCUUCGCUGUACAUCCCUUUUUGAAACCUUACCACACACAGAGUACUCAACACAGAGAAACUAGAACAAUAAACGCAAGAUAAAUGCUAGAAUACAUUAUAUGAGCGGACGAGAAGGUUGACGAUUGAAGAGAUCGAGGAUGAUAUAUAGUUAUAUAUAUAUAUACACACAUAUACGCUCCAUCCCCUGCCCCCGUGCCCUCUCCUUUAUAACAACCACUUCUUCUCGAGCGAAGGAUAUGAUUAAAUCGACGAAAUCGAUGCCAUAGACACACGCAGCCGCCAGUUUCCGGUCGUCAGGCCCAGUUCCGGCCAGUGAGGGCCACGAGUUGGAUUUCAAAAUUUAGAAGAAAAAAUAAAGCAGAAACCACCACCACACGAGGAGCAACAAACGCAUAACACUCUCGAUAUUCCAUUCUUUUUGAUCAUCAUCAUCCCUUCGCCUCGAUUACUGAGACAAUAGCAGUGUGAGUGUUUGUGUUUGUUUGUUUGUGUGUGCGUGGUUAGUGUGCAGCAGAGCAGAGUGAUCAGCAGCUCCAGCAUUUGAUUAUGAUGAUAGCAGUUGGAUGGAAGAGAAUUUCCGUUUAAAAAAAGAAAAGCUAAACGCAUCUUGCAUCUCCUUACUAUCUUGCCAUACAUUUGUGAAAUUGAAUCGAACUCGAAAUUUUGUCCGCAAGACAUGCGAAAGAGACAGAGAAAGAGAGAGAGAGAGGGGAUUGUUGGUCAACCGAUUCCUAGUCUAACGGAAAGAGCAAGAAAAAAACACGAAAAACAAAAACCUCUCGUCAACUAUAUCAUGCAUUUAUUCCCAACAUAUCGGAACACACCGGAUUACAGGACCUAUUGACAAACGCAUAAAAAAACGAAGGAAACAGCAGUAAAGAAUAGAAAUCAUCAACACGCAACACUUAAUAUCAGUUAGUAGAGGAAGGAAGACGGUAGAUGAAGCAUUUACUGGCCCAGAACCGGAAGUCUGGAGUCCAACAUAUCGGAAUCGAGCGAUCGAGCGAACGAAGCGCAAAAGGAACAAGCUCAUCUCAUCCUAAAAAAAUGUGUACCUCUAUCGUCGUAUUCUUGCGCCCCCGUUACUCCUCCCCAUCUUAACUCCUUGUCAAACCACCACGCGACCAUAUACGAAUAGUUAUUGGGAUAGUAACAGGAAACAGAAACAGAAGCAAAACAGCAGAAAAUUAGUCAAAUUUAAGAUUAAUGUAAAUGAGCAUUUAGUAGAUUACUCGAUGGCUGUCCGGUACUCUUCCUUAUUCGCAAUCAGCACUGGUCCCGGGUUCCGGUUCCGUUGACGGCUUAUCCACACGGUUUUCCUUUCGUAUCGCCAGGCCAGAUGUAGAACAACAAUCUUUAGCUUUAACAAUCGAUCGACUCGUUCGAAUGUAUCCUGGAUGAUUUCCUGUAACCUGUUCCUAUUAUUAGUUGAGGAACAAACGGUGGAACACGACGGAACAGGCGCCAGGUCAGGUUCCUUUUGGUCCACUUUCCCUUUCAAGCAGGCGUCGUCUUUAAACGUCAGCAUAAUAAGCGUGUCCUCUUUAGCCAAGCUCCCUUUCCCCCGGGGGGGUGUUGGAACGAUUUUAGCGUGUAGCAAAAUGGAAGCGUGGAACGAUGUAGCUUCAGUUUUGAGAUCAGAGAUAAAUCAGCCCCGAUUGUACAUAAUUUUAUACAGCUCUGACGGAUACACCUAACAUAUAUAUAUAUAUGAAAAUUAUAAACCUAGAAGCAUAUAACUAAAAAUAGAGAAAUUAUCAAAUCCAACUAUGUUAUGUCCACUAGCAACAUCAGCAGAAGAGCAACAGCAACAGCAGCAGCAGCAGUAGGGGUGCUGCAUUCGGAACUGCAGCAUCGUAAAAAAGGAAACAUUAAAAGCAUCAGCAUCGUACACACAGACACACAUACACACAGAGACAGACUCCGAGUUCCGUUUAGUCUUGUUUUGUUUCCUUUUUAGUUUUGUACCGCGUCUCCUGGGAGAACUAUAGGGAGAAGCGAAAGCGAAACGAUGUACCAACAACCCCGAGAAGCUACAAUCGACACGUAGUAGUUCCACGACCUUUCCAGUGUUUUCCAGCUGCACACAACAGAAACAACGGGUGGGGGGCAGAAGAAGAGUAAACUUCGAGAGGCAAAGAGAACGACCGAUUCUCCAAUCCACGCGGCAAUCCAACCAACCAACCAACCUAGCAAAGUAAAACAAUAAACAAAAUCAAGGUCAGCGUUACCACCCCCAACCCAGCGUGGGCGGGGUGUUUGGUUUUUAGAAGAAGCUGAAGGAGAGGAACCCGAACGUACAGAGUGCAACCAACAUACAACACAACAGACGAACAGGGCGAGCAAAAGAAAUUACGAAAACUCUAACACACAAAAGAAACUCUAUCCGUAAAUCUAUCGAAAAUAAAACAAAAGUAAACCAACAAGAAAUGAAACAAAAAUCUGUAACAAUUGUCCGUGUGUGUGAUAAACAAAAUGGAAAAGAAUAAAAAAAAAUCGAG